UAACAGGGCAGAGGCAGGAGGAGCAGCAGCAUGGCAGGGCUCCGCGUCCGCUCGGCUCUGUUGACCGGGGCCAACCGAGGGAUUGGCCUGGGACUGGUCAAACACUUCCUGCAGCUGCCAAACCCUCCUGAGAGGAUCUUCGCAGCCUGCCGGGACCCCAAGGGAGAGCGAGCGCAGGAGUUGCAGAGUUUGGCGUCCAAGCACCCCAGCCUGGUCAUCAUCCCACUUGAUGUCACUGACCCUGCCAGCAUCCAGGCAGCUGCAGCCAGAGUCACAGAGCACCUGAAGGGCUCUGGGCUCAACCUCCUCAUCAACAACGCUGGGAUUGUGAAGUGGAACUCACUUGAUACCACAACACGGGAGGAAAUGUCUGAAGUGUAUGCCACCAACACGAUUGGGCCCCUGCUCGUGAGCCAGGCGUUCCUGCCCUUGCUGAAGAAGGCUGCCCAGGGAAGCCCGAGCUCCGAGCUGAGCUGCAGCAGGGCAGCCAUCAUCAACAUUUCCAGCAUUGGUGGCUCUAUUGCUUCCGAGUCUAGCUGGGAUAUGAUUCAAAUUGUCUCCUACCGCUGCAGCAAGGCUGCUCUGAACAUGCUCACCAAGUGCCAGUCCUUGGGCUACCGGCAACACGGCAUCCUCUGUGCUGCCCUCCACCCUGGCUGGGUGCAAACCGACAUGGGCUCCGUGAGUGGACACACGCCUCCCUUGACAGUGGACAUGAGUGUGCAGAUGAUGCUGGAAGUGUUCUCCAAACUUUCCGAGAAGGACAGCGGCACUUUGCUGGACUGGGAAGGGAAAGUCAUACCCUGGUGAGACCCCAGAGCAGCAUCAUGCCGGGAUCCUGACAGCAGGUCCCUUUGCUGCUGCACCAAGCUGUGCCC